AUGCAUGAAGCCUCCAUAAAUAGUAUUCUCUCAUGUUCCAGCGAUCUAACAAUUAAAGGUUCUGUAAUUUUUGAUACAGCAGUCAUGAAAAUUACAAAAAUCAAUAAAAAUGCAUUUGGACAGUGCAAACCGACAAAUGUCAAGUUACCAGAUACCAUUGUUUCAAUCGGUGAUUCAUUAUUCAAAAAUUGCGAAUCUUUAAUUUCAAUAAAUAUACCUCUUCUUAUCAAAACUAUACCAGAAUCGUGUUUUGAGAACUGUUAUAAUUUAAGAACAGUUAAAUUAAGUAGUUUAACCCAAGAAAUCCAGCGAAAUGCAUUCAAACACUGUUAUUCUCUCAACAACAUUGAUUUGUCUAGCAUUAGCUAUAUUGGGCCAUAUGCUUUUUCUUUCUGUUCUAAUCUUACGUCAAUUUCGAUAAUGAAACCAGAUUCGUCUAUUUUCGAAAGAGCUUUUUACAACUGUACAAGUCUUAAUAAGGUUACGUGCAUUGAUUAUUCUAUAUUUAAAUCACCAGAAAUCUUUUCUGGUUGCAAAAAUUUGACAGGUUUCUCUUCAUCGAUCAAUAUCAGCGGAUACAUAUACGAUAUCUACAAUACCAAGUAUGCAUCUCUUACAGAUAUUCCAGAUUUCGAUCAAAAAAUCAAAUAUCCUAAUAAUACCGUUAUAAUCAGCUAUUUAUUUGAUAAACUUCCACAAAAAGGACUUACAAUAAGCCAAUUUGUUUCUUACGUGAAUCCAGAACUAUUUCGUAAAAUAGAUUCAAAUUACAAAAUCAAGAUCGACAAAAACAAUCCAAAAUACAAAAUCAAGGCAAGUAUCAUUACAUACAAUGACAGAAUCAUUAAGGUAAUGAACUCAACAUUCAAUUCAAUGAAAUUAUCAUCAUCAAUUCGAGUUAUUUGUGAAAAUUCCUUUUCCUACUCAAAUCUAUCAUUUCUUAUUACUUCCAAGAACCUACAUCGCAUUGAGCAAUACUCAUUUUACAGAAGCAGCAUUUCUUCCAUCCAAUUAUCAGAAAAGCUUCAAAUUAUCGAUUCGUAUGCCUUUUAUCAGUCAAAUCUCUCGUCAAUUUAUCUUCCAAGAUCAGUGCUAUUCGUUGGACAUCAUUCUUUCGCUGGUUGUCCAAAUCUAAACUCAAUUCAAGUGAAUUGUUCGAAUUCAAUUGUUGAGAACUCAUUAUUUGACUCGUGCAGAUCAUUAAAAGUCGUCUACUAUGACUGCUCUGUUGUUCCUUGUUCUUGUUUUCUUAAUUGUGAAAGAUUGAGUUUUGUUUAUUUGGAUAACAACGUGAAAUUGGUAGAACGUGACUCAUUUCGCAGUUGUACAUCAUUAGAAACAGUCAGAAUCGGAAAUUCUUUGUCAGAAAUCAAGGAAAAUGCAUUUUACUCCUGUUCCUCAUUAAUAUCAAUGGAAAUACCUCAAUCAAUAAGGAAAAUAGGUGAAAAUGCUUUUUAUGGAACAAAAUUUUUGACUUUGAGGUUUAUUGUCACAAAAAAAUAUAAAUUUAGAUAUAUUUGUAAAAAUUUCAUAGAACUCGUAAGAUUGGAGAAUGCGACAGCAAUAGAAUCAUUCGAUGUACAAGAAUCAAUAAUUGGAUUUGGAAAUCGAAGUAUUUCAAAUAAUUUUUAUCUUACUGAAGCAAAUAUUCCUAUUGGAGUCAAAUAUUUGGGCGAUGAAUGCUUUGCAAACUGUUCUUCCCUUAAAACAGUGCUUUUGCCUCAUACUUUGAAGAUUAUUGGCAAAAAUUGCUUUUUACAUUGCAAUAAUUUGAAAGAAAUAUCUAUCCCAGAGAGUAUAUACGAGAUAGGAGAGUUUGCAUUUAGAAAUUGCUCACUUCUUUCAAGAAUUUUUUAUUGUUCGGAUUUUGAUGUGGAAAUAAGUCAUCCGUUAGUGUUUAACACAUCCACACUAAUACAUGUCAGUAAAAACUACCAAGGAACUACACUAUGCGGCUACAAAGUCAUUCAGGAGAAAAACAUGAGGUGUAAGUUCACUAAAGCGGCUGUAAAUGUAUGGAAAAAGAGAUUUAUGCUACUACUAUACGUAAUUAUUGUUGUUAGCUUUGCUGCAAUUGCAUUUGGCGCAAUUUUCCAAAAUAAAAUUCCAAAUAAUCAAAAUACAGUUGGAAAUACCAACAAUGAUACACAAUUUAACGAUCAAAUACUAAAUCUUAAUGAUAUUAAAGAUGUUCUUGAUUAA